AGUUGCUCUAACGCGAUGGUGUGGACGACAGGGCGAAGAUACGGCUUGGGUGACCGUAGAAUUCAAAAUACCACGCGCAAGCGACGGCGACUGGAUCGGGGUAUUCUCCCCUUCCAAUUUCAACGCGUCCACAUGCCCUGGUUCCCAUGGGUCGGGCCCUGGCCCUGCCAUAUGCUCCGCGCCGAUAAAGUAUCAGUUUGCAAACUACUCGUCAGGUUAUAACAGGUCAGCGACAGGGGCUCUCAGGUUCCAGUUGAUCAACCAGCGCCAGGAUUUCUCCUUCGGAUUCUUCACCGGCGGACUCUCAAAUCCAACGCUCGUCGCGGUGUCGGACAGGAUCGCCUUUGCGAACCCGAAAGCCCCGGUUUACCCACGUCUAGCGCUCGGGAAAACAUGGAACCAGAUGACUGUCACAUGGACAAGCGGCUAUGGCAUCAGUGAGGCGCACCCCUUCGUUGAAUGGGGCAUGAAAGGGAGCCAUCCCGUGCACGCAGCAGCUGACACCGUCACCUUUGGUCGUGAGAGCCUAUGUGGAGAGCCUGCUCGUAGUGUUGGUUGGAGGGAUCCAGGCUUCAUACACACAGCUUUCCUCAAGAAUCUGUCGCCGGAGAAACAAUACUACUACAAAAUCGCACACACGCUCCAUGAUGGAAAAGUUAUAUGGGGCAAGCCCAAAUCCUUCGGAGCACCUCCUUAUCCCGGGCAAAAGUCAACCGCAGAGGGUUGUUACGAGGUGGGGAAACUUCCGAUCUACUCAUUAAUUAUCAAGGUGGUACAAGAACAUCAGAAGAUGUAUACGAUGCUCAAGAUAGCAAUGAUGUAUAUGAUGAAGAUGUACAUUUUUUCGAUAAAGAUGAUGAAGACGUACAUGAUGCUCAAGAUAGCAAUGAUAGAUGCUCAAGAACACCAAAAGAUACGCAAAGGAUCACAGGCGACGACAGUCGCCAUUGCAAUCGCGAAGGAGCACAAACUUAGUAAACUCGAAGAUGCCAGGAAGCUAGUCAAGGACAACAUGGAUGAGGAACGAGUUCAGGCCGUGGUGACGGGUGUGACACCCCUCCGCUCCGGGCACUACAUGAUGGAGCUGCUGGACAUGAAGUGUUGGGAAAUCCAAAACAAGUACAAACUCUACCUCCUCAACCACGUCACGAACACAUUGUACGACAUGCUCAAUCUCACCACCCCAAGCUAUGCACGAACACGUCGAGCGCCAAUUACAAGAAAUACCUUCUUGGACAUGUCGUCCGUCUCAUACAACUUGCUGCGUGAUAAUAGAUAUGUAAGAAAUGCCAUUGAAAGCGACUGCUCCUUCAGUGUUCCUGCGAAGUUGCUAACAUAG